UGCGCUCUCUUUCUCUCUCUCCUGUCCUAUCGCCGUCCUCGUCGCACUGGCGCUUAUGCCGUAGCGUUCCAUCUCGCUCUUGCCCGGGCUCGGGCUGGCCGCAGCGGCGCACCGACACUUCUCUCUCACACUGUCGCUCUGUCUCCCUCUCGCUCACACGCUCGCCCGCCGCUCGUUCUCUCGUGUGUGCGCGCGCGCUCGCUCGCGACGAGGUGUGGGGGUGAGGCCUCGGAGAAGGUGUCAAUCCUAGCGCUGCUCAGUGACCAUCGCGGCACCACCCAAGUAACACCUUCGCUUCGCGCGAACUCGCUCUGCAGGCCUGCGCGCUCCCUGACCGUGUGUGCGAGAGCAGUGCAGCGCCGGCUCUGCCAGUAGAAGCAGCAUCGCUCCGUCGCGCGUUACCUCGCUCAUUAUUAUUGCACGUCGUCUCGCGUGCACGCGUGUGCAUUGCUUCGUGAGAGAGUUGCGAGAGAAGAGCUGGCAGUCGAGACAGGAGCAGGAGCGAACGAAGCAAGCCCGUGUUCAGUUUCUGGCAGCAGCAGCAGCAACAGCUCGUAAUCAGUGUACGAGAGUCGUUCGCGUGCAGUGUGCAGCGUACGCAACGAGUGUGCGUGCGCGAUAAUAUACAUUCAUAACCUCAAAGCGAAGCAGCUAGUUGGAUUAAAAAAAAUAGUGCCGUGGGAUAUGCCGUGCUCCACUCUCUCGACGGUCUGUGAUUUCGGAGCAGUAGCCAGUGAGGUGCCGAAGAAGGUAGCAUGAGUGCUAGCAGAAGCAAGAGCAGCAGCAGCAGAACGACGACAGGCCGUCGGCAAGCCGCUCGCCGGCCGUCGGAAGCCGUCACGGCGUUGCCAAGCACGUCUCGCGCGCUACUGUACAGCCACAGCAGCAGCAGCCUCUGAAUAGGGGGACUCGCGCGCGCGCCAGCUCCAACCGUUGCUUCUUUCAUCACGUUUGAGAGAUCCGAGAGUGCACGGGAGAAUCGUGGUGAAAAAACAGUGGCAUUGCGUCGAAGUGGAAGAUUGAAGUUGUGUGCGCGGAUUGUGAGACGAUGACGAUGCCGGAUUGCACAGGAAGGGAGUGUCGUCGUCGCCGCCGUGAGGGAAGUUGUAGUGCUGGCAAUAAUCGCCGUCGCGAAAAAGUGUCCAGGGCUUGAGAGCGACAUGACGAUGAGAAUUGCACGAGUAGAACUAGAACAAAGCAGUUAUCAGAGAAGAACAGUUAUCACCGACGAGUGACAACGUCAGCGACAACAGUAACGCAGUGCUCGCGAGUGUUCGUACAAGAGAAGAGGAAGAAGCAGAGAAAAGAAGCAGACACGUUGGAGGUGUCAGCAGCAGCAGCAGCAGCAGCAGGAGCCGCAGCAGCAGGAGAGGCGGUAGGUGCAGACAUUGAGUCCCUCGUAGGGUUCAAUCUCGCGCGUCUCGCAGGGCAGAGCAGCUCUCACCCAUCCUCGAUGAGAUUCGAACAAGACACGGCGUGCAGGGGUACCCACUGCGCCAGCACUCCGCUACCGGCCACACUGCAGCAGCAGCCUCUACUCCUCCACCAGCCCCACCUGAACAGCCUGAGCCACCAUCACAGCCACCUCCAGCACCACCACCAGCUGAGUAACCUCCACCUGAACAACAACCACCAGCCGCUGAACCCGCUGCAGCAUCAGCUCGCCUCGCGCACCGACACGGAACUGGCUCCGUACGCCGUCGCCGGCUCCAAGGACAGCGUCGUCAGCGCCGGCGGCGGCGAAGAGCCACCCGCGGCCAAGAGGCAGCGCUCGACGCCGCCCGCGCCCGCCGACCUGAGCUCCCCGCCAUCGGCCUCCAUCGACAGCACGAAGAAGCAGCGGCAGCGCAGCCCCGCUGCGGAAGACGAGGAAGGCAGCAGCGCUGCCGGGGACGCAGCCGCCAACACGGUGCUCAGCAGGCCGGAGUCGGGCGGCCCUGGGAUGGCGUACCCAGCGCCGGCCGCGGCACUCAGCAGGCACUCGCCCUUCGCCUCGGCCACCGCCAGCGCCGCGGUCGCCGCGGCCACCACGACCUCCUCCACGGGCUCGAGCGGCGCCAGUAGCGCCAGCAGCUCGGCCAGCUCCAGCGGCAAUCCGAACGGGAGGCUGCCGGCGCCCGCGGCUCCGAGGCCUACGGACUUCAGUGUCUCCUCGUUGCUGACCGCCGCCUCGGUCUCCUCGGCCCAGUCGCAGGGCAGCGCCUCGCCGCCCGCCGGUGGCCCGGGCAGCCCCGCGGCCGCGCCUGAGACCCCGCCGCCGACCUCGCGGGGCCAGGACCUCUCCUCGAGCUCCUCGACACACGCGGCCGCGGCCGCCAGCUACUUCGGGGCUGCGGCCCUCGCCGCCGCAGGAUUCUACAACCCCGGCGCCCACCUGCCGCCCGCGGGCUCGCCCAACGCCUCGCACCACCUGCCCGGCAAGGGCAUCCUCGGGGGAUCGCACCACCAUCCGCAGUUCAGUCCUCAGGGCAUCGGUCCACCAGGACUGGGACUGGGUCCGCAGACGACCGAAGAGGCGCAUGCAGUUCUGGCCGCAGCGGCAGCGGCGGCGCUUCACCACCACCAUCAGGGCGCGGCGGCGGGUGGGCCCGGCGGAAUGAGGCCCCUCAGGCCGCCGCUGCCCCCGGGUAUGCUGCACAGCUCGCCUCAUCCUCUGGCCGGUCACCACCCCCUCGCCGGGCCACACCCGCACCUGGUGCCGCCGCAUCCGGAGGACGACGGCAUCGUCGACGACCCCAAGGUCACCCUCGAGGGCAAGGAGCUCUGGGAGAAGUUCCACAAGCUCGGCACCGAGAUGGUCAUUACCAAGAGCGGACGACGCAUGUUUCCCCCGUUUAAAGUGAGGGUCUCCGGAUUAGACGAGCAAGCGAAGUACGCACUGCUAAUGGACAUCGUGGCGUCGGACGAUUACCGAUAUAAGUUUCACAACAGCCGGUGGAUGGUCGCCGGCAAGGCCGAUCCGGAGAUGCCGAAGAGGAUGUACAUUCACCCGGACUCGCCGAGCAGCGGCGAGCAAUGGAUGCAAAAAGUCGUAAGCUUUCACAAGCUCAAGCUGACAAACAACAUCAGCGACAAGCACGGCUUUGUAAGUACUACGAUACUGAACUCGAUGCACAAGUACCAACCGAGGUUUCACCUCGUUCGAGCCAACGACAUCCUGAAGCUUCCCUAUUCCACCUUCAGGAGCUACGUGUUCAAAGAGACCGAAUUCAUCGCGGUCACGGCGUACCAAAACGAAAAGAUAACGCAGCUGAAGAUCGACAACAAUCCGUUCGCGAAAGGAUUCCGGGACACGGGCGCGGGCAAGCGGGAAAAGAACAGACAGGCCCUUCUCACGGUGUCGGGCGGCGGCUCGCGACUGAGCAGUAGUGGCCUCGGUGGACCAGGUUCGCCGGACAAGCGGCGCUCCUCCAACUCGGGCAACGACUACCUCGACGACGACGACAAGCUGCUCGACGUCGUGGGGCCAGAUACGCCGCACCCGGCCCACCACAGGUCCCGCUCGCACGAACGCGACGACCGAAGCGGCAUGAGCGACCGGGGCGACGGCUCAGAGUCCUCCGGCUCCGAGAGCGGUGGCACGGGCGGCGGCCUAGCGGCCCACCACGCCGCCGGCGACGGGCCCAGACCGGACGUUUCCGUGGGCCCGCCACUGCACCCGCCCCUUCUGCCCUAUCUUUACCCUCCGGUUCCUGGACUCUACCCAGGACACGGGCACCUCCUACCCCCAAACCCGUUGGGCCUGCACGCCGGCGUCACUCCGGGCAUGCUGUUCAACGCGCAGCUGGCCCUGGCCGCCUCGCAGCACCCGGCCCUCUUCGCCCACUACCCCCACCCGCUGGCGAGUCCCCUGCACCAGCUCAAGGGCCAUCGGUUCGCGCCCUACACGCUGCCCUCGCACGCGCCCUCUCACGGAUCGGCCUUCGAGACGGUGACGCCCGGAAGCCGGGGCACCCUCAGUCCCAGGUCGCCCCCGCCCAGGCCGCCGACCGGCUCCCCCACCCCGGCGGCCGCGGCCGGCUCCGCCACCGGCGAGCUCAAGUCCAUAGAGAACAUGGUCAACGGCUUGCAGGAAAAGAGGUCGCGAACCAGUCCCAGCCUGGGCAGCCAUCGGCCCGAGGCCGAGGCGGGUGGCGGGAGCCCGUGACAGGAGAAUCACCAACGCUAUCAACUCGUCGGCACAAGUCGCGACGGGCCCACCGGCUAUUCCCACAACAGCCACCGCCACCACCACCAUCAGCACCACUACCGGAACAACAACGACGAGGCCAGUGGCGCCAGCGACGACGACGACGAUGAUCAGCCGACGACAGAAACGAGGAUCGUUGUCGACGUGGACCUGCUCGACGAGGAGGAGUCCGCGGCCAGGCCUACGAGUCCUGGCGGUGGUAGUGGCGGCAGGAGGCUGCUCACGGAACUCGGCCCGGUGACGCGCAAGUCUGGCGACGGCGCAGGCAACUCUCGCUCGCUGGACGAGGAGAGGGGAGAGACGCAGCCCGACUCGACGUCGUCCUCGUAGCCGAGGGCCCGCCGUUUCUCGAGUUGCGAGGCUCCCGUGCACGCUUGAACGAGGACCCGAUGUUACGUUUGACGAGCGGGCCGACGGAGUGAAAGAGAAGAUUUAUUAAUUAUUACAUAUACAAAGUGCAAUUGGACGGACGCUUGGCGGAGGAUCGAGCGCUGCGACGAGAUGCCCGCACAGCCGGGCAGCGAAUGCGUGUAUAUAGAGAGUGACGAGAGCACAAUUUUAAUGCUGUAUUUAAGGGACGUCGAAGCGUGGAUGAACUCGGUCGCGAUUCCGCGAGCUGUGCGCAGGGAAGGUGCGGAUAAGUGCUGGAGGUCGUUUUCUUUCAUUUUCGCGUGUAUAAGUUACAGAUGAAAGACAAAGGCUGUCUGAGUUUUGUUGUGAAAAUAUUUUAUGUUGUUGCGAGUUCCGAUAAUUGUUUGUACAUGAUGUAAAAGUUUAAUUACCGAUGUUCCGAUUCCCGAUGGUUCUCAGUGAUUGAGUUAUCCGAAAUGUAGAUAUUAUGCCGAUAUUUUAUAGAGUUCACUUAUUUUUCAUUUCGAAAAAUGCUAAAACUCGUAGUUUGUCAGACGCCAUUUUGUUAGCCUGAAUGUACGGCAAAAUGGCGGACACAACCAGCUGCGAACCGAAGUCUUCACAAAGCAAGCAGUGCGAUCGGAUAGUUCAUCUAUAUCUGUGUAAAGUAGCUUAAGGGUAUGCAUUGCACAUAGUAGCAAAGUAUCAAAGCCAGCACUCACCGCAGUUUCUCUGUCUUAACGUUAAAUGCGUGCAACAUAAGCACGUGGUUGUGCGUGAUUAAGCAAAAAAAAAGACGAAAAAUUACGAGUGAAUCUGAAUAUCCUUAAAGCAUCUUCCGCGGUUGCCUCGAAAAAUUGCGAUCCACGGAUACACGUAUGUACACGUAUAUACACGUAUAUACACGUAUAUAUACGUAAACACACGGUACACGCGCUAUGUACAGUUCUUAACUCAUUCGGAAAUCAAUGUAAACUGGAAGCUUCGACCGUCAGAAUUUCGAGUCUAUUGUGGGAUUUUAAAAAGUCAGGCACAUCGAACGAAGAUAUCGCUCUGCAGUUCAAAUCAUGUCCGAGCGAGUUACGAAACACCUCAAAAAUACAAAACGUUUUACCUGCGCGAUUGCAUAGAUUAUAAGAAAAAAAAAACUAUUACGGUAAACGAUAAUUGCAAUAUAAACGCAUCUCUACUAUUUGCAGUCCCUGUACAUAUGUACCCUAGUGAUAUUAUAUUAUAUCUGAGUAUAAAUAAAUGAUGAGAAAAGUAAAAGCCAGCAACUAUCCUCCGUAUGAAUUUAAUGGAUUUAUGCUAUUGUCGAGUAUCAAUUUAUUACUAGCGUCGUAUAAAUAAAAAAAGAAGAAUGAAAAUAACGAGAAAGCAAAAAAUCGAUGUACGCCUGCGCAAAAUCGUCGUUAAUGCGCACGCGUUCUUCAUCUUUACUUCGCUUCUUUCGUAGCUAAAUUAUUGCACCUCGUGAGAAUACGGGCGUGCGACAAAGAAAGACGAUCUGACAAAAAAAAAACACAAUUCGUUGCGUCGCAGACGUAUUGCGAGAAACUUUUAAUAAUAAAUAGAAAAGCAAGAAGAGUAAUAAAAAGUAUGAGUUUAAAAAUAUUUCGGGGGGAGCGAUGUUUGUGAUCCGAUUAUCUUAUUAGUAGUUAGGGAGAAAAAUAUCUUCGGAGAGUGAGUGAAGCGGAUCAAAUGGAAACUUGUAUAAAACGUAGAAAUUGAUGUAGAUAAUUUUACGAGCGAAAGAGAAUAAACAAAAUAAUAAACGAGCGCUAGUAUGUGUGUGUAUGGUAGAGAGCGAGUGAAAAAUCGAGGUUUCUAUAUAUGAUUCACGAUUGAGCGAAAGCAAAUAAAUUUUCAUCGCAAUCGGAUUUCGCUGGAGUGUUUGAGUCUUUUAUUCGUCAACGUGGAAACCCGAAAGCGUGUAAUGACGCCUAAUUGAAUCACCGAUAAACAGCCGAAUUAUUGGUUUAACCAAGUCAGUUCUAUCGAUGUGAUGUUGAUGAUCGAUUAUGCGUUAUCGCGCAGCUCCGGACAAAUACAAUCCAAACGAUGUGCAGCAUAAAAGAGAAUCUAGAGAAAAAAGAGAUAACAUAAAAGAGUCUAUAUCGUUUGUAUAAUGCGCUGUUUCUUAAAAUAAUUCUCGUUUUAUCUCUUUAGCAAUUCGUAGAAAGAGCGUCUUCAUCUUCAAGCGAGAGCGAAACGCAUGUCUGAAAAUAAUAAAAAAAAAAAUGCCUGAGAACCGAGCGAGACAGAAAAACCAUGUAGUGAACUAGGCUAGUCCGAUAGCUGCACCUGUAUAAUACACGUGUAUAAUAAUUAUAUAAAUUAUAAGAAGGGAGCGGAAGAAAUGACGAGAGAAGGAAUAAAGAUAUUAACCCUACAA